AUGGCUUCAGUCAAAGAGGUCCCGAUUCCGGGCCCCAGGGGUGUCCCAUUCUUGGGAAACAUCUACGACAUCGAGUCCGAGGUGCCUGUGAACAGCUUCGAGCAGAUGGCCGAUAACUAUGGCCCCAUCUUUCGAUUAACCAUCUUUGGCAAACCGCGAGUAUUCGUGAGCUCCCACGAGCUAGUAGAUGAAGUCUGCGAUGAGGAACGUUUCGGCAAAAUGGUCUCCGCUGGUCUGCAUGAAAUUCGCAACGGUGUCAACGACGGUCUCUUCACCGCAAACUAUCCCGGCGAAGAGAACUGGGCGGUUGCCCAUCGCAUUCUUGUUCCUGCUUUUGGUCCGUUGAUGAUUCGCGGGAUGUUCGAUGAGAUGUAUGAUAUUGCAACUCAACUGGUUAUGAAAUGGGCUCGGGCUGGCCCUACCGUUCCUAUCCAGGUUACGGAUGACUUCACUCGCUUGACACUGGAUACGAUUGCUCUUUGCGCUAUGGGCACUCGCUUCAACUCGUUCUACCAUGAUGAAAUGCACCCAUUUGUCGAGGCAAUGGUUGGUUUGCUCUUAGGUUCUGGACAUCGCAGUCUUCGCCCUGCUUUGCUCAACAGUCUGCCUACUUCGGAGAACAACAAGUACUGGAGUGAUAUCGAGUAUCUGCGCAACCUAUCUCAGGAAUUGGUCGAUGCGCGGAAGGAGAACCCCGUUGACAAGAAGGAUCUUCUCAAUGCGCUUAUCCUGGGUCGGGACCCGCAGACUGGCAAGGGUAUGACAGAUGCGUCGAUUGUGGACAACAUGAUCACGUUCCUCAUCGCUGGCCACGAGACCACCUCUGGCAUGCUGUCAUUCCUGUUCUACUAUCUUCUCAAGAACCCGAGCGCAUACAGAAAGGCUCAAGAGGAAGUCGACAGUGUUAUUGGUAAACGCAAGAUCACCGUCGAUGACAUGUCCAAGCUGCCAUACAUCAACGCUGUCAUGCGCGAGACGCUGCGUCUGAAGCCAACAGCCCCGAUGAUUGCCUUACACGCCCACCCCGAGAAGAACCACGAAGAUCCUGUUACACUUGGAGGUGGUAAAUAUGUGCUCAAUAAGGAUGAGGUCAUCGCUAUUAUGCUUACCAAAAUGCAUCGCGACCCCAAGGUCUACGGCCCCGACGCCGAGGAGUUCAGACCAGAGCGGAUGCUCGAUGAGAACUUCGACAAGCUGCCCAAGAACGCGUGGAAGCCAUUUGGAAACGGCAUGCGCGGCUGUAUUGGACGGCCGUUCGCAUGGCAAGAGGCUCUCCUUGUGGUUGCGAUUUUGCUGCAGAACUUCAACUUCCAGAUGGAUAACCCCAGCUAUGAUCUCCGCAUCAAGCAGACACUUACCAUCAAGCCCAAGGACUUCCACAUGAAGGCAACCCUGAGAGAUGGACUUGACCCCACGCAACUCAGCGUUAAACUCAGCGGCUCUGCUGUUGUGCCCCCAGAGACUGGCGCUGGCAGCCGGGAUCGCAAGCCCAAGGUCGCCGCACACGCGGAUGGUAAGCUGAAGCCAAUGCACGUGUUCUAUGGCAGCAACACGGGAACCUGCGAGGCGUUCGCUCGCAGGUUGGCGGAUGAUGCCACUGCCUACGGGUACGCUGCGCAGACAAGUUCUUUGGACUCAGCCAUGCAGAAUAUCCCCAAGGGCGAGCCUGUGGUCUUCAUCUCAGCUUCUUAUGAAGGACAGCCUCCGGAUAACGCGGCUCACUUCUUCCAGUGGAUCAGUGGGCUGAAGGGCAGCGAGUUGGAAGGUGUCAACUACGCAGUGUUCGGCUGUGGCCAUCAUGAUUGGUCGUCCACCUUCUACCGUAUUCCCAAGGCCAUCGACCAAAUCGCCAAGGACAACGGGGCUAACCAGCUUUGUGAGAUUGGUCUUGCCGACGCAGCAAACUCAGACAUGUUCACCGAUUUCGACGGCUGGGGCGAGACCUCAUUCUGGCCGGCCGUGAUGGCUAAAUUCGGUGGAGCUACCCCUGAAAACGCAGCCAAGUCGAAGUCUUCCUUGCAGGUCGAAGUGAGCUCGGGUUUGCGUGCAUCCACACUGGGUCUCCAGCUCGAAGAGGGCUUUGUCAUUGAAAACGAGCUCCUUACGCCACCCGGAGCCCCAGCCAAACGCGUGGUCAAGUUCAAGCUGCCAACGGACAUGACCUACCAGUGUGGUGAUUACCUCGCUGUGCUACCUGUCAACCCAAGCUCAAUCGUCCGCCGCGCGAUCCGCCGCUUCGACCUCCCCUGGGAUGCCGUGAUUAAAAUCCAAAAGCCCUCAGGCUCAACAGCUUCCCCCUCGAUCCCCAUCGACACGCCCAUUUCCGCCUUCGAGCUCCUAUCCACCUACAUCGAGCUAUCCCAACCCGCUUCGAAGCGCGAUCUCAAUGUCCUCGCCGAUGCCGCAAUUGCGGAUGCAGAACUCCAGGCCGAAUUGCGCUAUCUCGCCUCCAGCCCCAGCCGCUUCACCGAAGAAAUCGUCAAGAAGCGCGUCAGCGCGCUGGAUCUUCUCACCCGUUAUCCCUCAAUCAAGAUUUCCCUCGGCGAUUUCCUCGCAAUGCUGCCACCCAUGCGCGUGCGACAGUACUCCAUCUCCUCGUCGCCGCUAGUCGACCCAUCCGAAUGCUCGAUUACCUUCAGCGUCCUCAGCGCUCCAGCACUCGCCAACCCCACCCCAGAAAGCAACGAAAACCUCUACCUAGGCGUCGCAUCAAACUACCUUUCCGAGCUCCAAGCCGGCGAACGCGCACACAUCACCGUCCGCCCCUCGCACUCCGGCUUCAAGCCGCCGAUUGAUCUCGAAACACCGAUGAUCAUGGCCUGCGCUGGCAGCGGGCUCGCACCGUUCCGCGGAUUCGUCAUGGACCGCGCGGAGAAGAUCCGCGGCCGUCGCAGCUCGCCUGACUCGGAUGAGCUGCAUGAGAACGUGGCUGUGAAGCCCGCCAAGGCAGUGCUGUACAUCGGCUGCCGCACCCAGGGCCUGGACGAUAUCCACGCUGCUGAACUUGCCGAGUGGGCUGCGCUGGGCGCUGUCGAUGUCCGCUGGGCGUACAGUCGUCCUGCCGAUGGAAGCAAGGGACAGCAUGUCCAGGAUGUCAUGCUCGAGGACCGUGAAGAGCUGGUGAAGCUGUUUGAAGAAGGCGCGAGAAUCUAUGUGUGCGGUAGCACUGGGGUUGGUGCUGGUAUCCGCCAGGCUUGCAAGGAUAUGUAUCUCGAGAGGCGUCGUGCUGUGCACGCCGAGCUUAAGGCCAAGGGAGAGACUCCGCCUGGUGCUGAGCUUGGGGAGGAUGAGGCUGCUGAGAAGUUCUUUGAUAAUUUGCGGACGAAGGAGCGGUAUGCUACCGAUGUGUUUACUUAG